AUGGUCCGGAAGUAUAUUAGAAAAACAACUUCCAAAUACACAAAAGAAGAGCUGGAUAUCGCAACAGCUGUCAUGCGGAAUGGAAAAAUUACACUGGCGGACGCGUGUCGAUUCUACAGAAUACCCAAAACAACCUUAUUCCGACAUGCUAAAGGAUUGAGUGGCAUCAAGAGCAGCUCAAAAGGAAGAUCCAUAGCCAUUCCGUUGGACAUAGAAUCAAACAUGGCAACGAACAUCAAGACAAUGGCAAAAUGGGGUUACGGUUUAUGCAAGAAGGAAAUAAUCAUCGCUAUGAAGCAGUAUUUGGAGAAAAACUCUAUCAAGACACCGUUUAAGAAUGGUAUUCCAGGAGAUGAUUAUUUCUUGAAUGUUAAACGACGGCACAAUUUGUCUCAAAAAAAACCACAAUCCGUCGAAGUAGCCAGAAAACGAGCCGCUGAUCCUUUUGUGAUUUCGCAAUAUUUUGAGUUGGUUCAAGAAGUUACCCACAACAUGCCUCCCGACAGAAUUUACAAUAUUGACGAAACCAGCUUCUGUUUGGAUCCAAGUCGCGUCAAAGUGGUUGGCCAAAAGGGAAGAGCAGCGCACAGAGUAACUGCCGGAUCGGGAAAGGAAAAUUUCACAGUACUUAUGGGUGGAAAUGCAGUCGGACAAAAGCUUCCUCCUCUCAUCAUCUUUAAAGGCAAAAGUAUCUGGAACAGCUGGAUGGCUAAGAGCGACGAAGAGUUUGUUGGUAUGACGUACGCUGCCACUGCAAACGGUUGGAUGGAGAAUGGAACUUUUUCGAACUAUUUCCAACGAAGCUUUCUGCCUGCUAUCGGCAAUGGUCGUCCCGCGGCUUUGAUAUACGAUGGACACGUUUCGCAUAUUUCUUUGAACAUAGUCGAAAUGGCCUUAAAAGAAAACAUCGUUAUUCUGAAGCUCCCCCCUCACACCAGCCACCUGCCUCAACCUAUGGAUCUUGCUGUUUUCAAGCCUUUUAAACUUAAGUACGACAACGCUAUCAUCAAAUGGCAACGCAAAAACUAUGGAGUUAAAAUAUCGAAACAACAAUUUUCGACCAUAAUUUCUCGGAUUUGGCACGAACUUGAUCCACAGAUGAUCAGAAGUGGUUUUAAAAAGGCUGGUAUUUUUCCUUUCGAUAACAAGGUGAUUCCGGAGACAACAUUUGAGCCUGCUGCUUUGGAAAGGUUCAAAAAAUCCAAGCAAUGCCCAAUGGUGCCACUACCAACAGAUGCAAUUUAUGCUCAGAGUGCUUUACCAAACUUUUCGAUAGAAUCGGCCCUAGGUUCCAUACCGAUAGAAAAUGCCAUUGUUGAACAGAGUACACAAAUCGAGAAGGUUAGUAAAAUUACUGAACAUUCGUUUGAAGCGGUUCUGUUGGAACACGUAAAGCAAGAAUCUAACCGCGGUAAGUCUAAACGGAAGCGAGUCUGUCCAGGAGCAGAGGUCAUCACAUCACCAGAAGCUGUGACUAAACUGCAGAAGAUAGAGUACGAUAAAAGAACAAAGACUAAGAAGGGUCGCAAAUGA